GGAGGAACCAGACACACCGAGUAUUUAUUAAUAGAGAUUAAACUCCGCGUCGUGUCGUGCCGUGUGCAAGAGCUCUCCCGCGCAGGACGCACGCCGCUAGGGCAGUCUGACUCAGACCGUGGUCCAGAAAACGAUUUCCACCGAAAUAAACACGAAACUCGUGCCUAGAGAAAGAAGGAAAGAUAGAAAGAAAGAAAGGAAGGAAGGAAGAAAGGAAGAAAGAGAAAUAGAGAGGAAAGGGUAGUAGAAUACUCUUCUCCGUUAAGUAACAACAGAUAAGAAACCCUUUGGGAGAAGCGUAUAUAGCCUCAAAGCGGAUUAUGAUAAACUUUGAAUGCUUUUGACAUUUUUGAAUCAGUGUUAAAGUAUUCGCCUUUCUAUCUUUCUCUCUUUUUUAAUGUGAUUAUGCGGAUAAAAGAAUUGUUAAAAAAAGUUUUUGACAUUUUUAUUUCUUUAUGUGCAAUUUCAUAUCUAUCUCCUAUGUGUGUGUUUUCCAUAUAGAUACGUAUGUAAACGUAUAAAAUAUAUACUGUGAGUUAAGUUUCUAUGUGUGCGCGUUUUUAGUGCACGUUUAGUGCGUAGACCAAAGACGACUUAUUGCACUGUGACGGAUACGCCGGUUGCACCCACGUACCAAACGGAUACGAGAAUUUUGUCUAAUGGACGUCAUUUAAGUCAAACGUUCGGUAUUUCCUCGCCUGGAGAUCGUUGAGCAUCGUAGUGCUUUUAACGCAUGAAUCGACUUAACUCUGAUAAACGUCUCCUGGAAACAGUUUCUGAUACUUGAGUUAAGGGACUACUGGAAUUUUGAAGUUCGCCAGAUGUUUCUCCUUCCAGUUCCGUCAGUGUUUUCAUUAUAGUUAACCGAGGGCGUUGAAAUUUCGGUCCAUCGUCUCUGAGGAAACGAUCUCACGACGAUAACUGAACAUUUCAAUGCUCUCUCUUAUGUUUUCUAGAAUAAUUGAAAUCGAAGCGCGAUAUAUGACUCAUUUAUGAUAUGAAAAAUUCAUCGAAACGUUUCUUUCAUACCUUUUCGACUGUACGUGUAAAAUGUUCAUUAAAAAAAAAAAAAAAAAAAGAAACAAAGAAAAGAAAACUAUUGAAGUCGAUAUAGAGAAUGACAAAUGAAUUUUGAAUUAAUUAUUGAACUUUUUAACAUACAACAUUAUAACUAUUGGAUCUGAGUUAAAAAUAGCUUAUUUCAAAACUGAGAAAAUGAAUUUUUUCCCGUUGUAAUAAUUAUUAACAGGAGUAUUUCAUUAGAUAAAAAUAUUUUCAGUCGUAUAAUAGAUCAAAUACUUUCAAUUUGUACAUAGAAAUAUCCUAAUUCUAAGGUAUAAAGCACGUUUUUCCUUGUGUCCUUUAUAUUUCAUGUACCAUAAAAUAUAAUUAAAUUAACAGAUAAUAAUCAGGAUUUCAAUGAGAAAGAAUUAAAAUUAACUAAGUACUUAAACUCAAUUAAACUUCUAUUAUACGGAUUGUCGAUUAGACGGAUGAUUCAGUAUCUUCGAUUCUCGAAUGAUCAGUUUGGCAAAAAGUAACGUCCAAAUUUAGUACGAUCUACGCUCCGACGAACCCUCUUUAUUAUACUCGAACGUUCGAUUAACUCGAAACAAUUGCUUCGCCACUUGUAAUUUAAGCGCUUGACAGUUGCGUAUUGGCUAACGCAACUAUUAUUACUAUCUUUCUUGGCAGUAAGUACGGCGCCCAAAAUGGAUACUAUACGAGAAUAUCGCGUUUGUAUUUUUUUGACGUAGACUAGUCCUUAUAAUUUUUCAUUUUAUAUAUUUUAAUUGACUAACUUCGUAAUUAUUAAUAUUAUUCACAGAAGAUGUUUAUGUCAUUGCAUUAAUUUUCAAUUCGGUCAAAUUUGAAAUGAUACAAUACUGUCAUGAUUAUUUUUGUACCAUUACGCGUUAAAAAUUUUUAUCGAAACUGUUAUCGAAGCUUAUUUGUAUCGAUAAAGAAACAUUUAGAUUUUGAUUUCUCAGUAAUUCAGUGAUAAAUCCAAUAUUCUUAAUUUAAAAUCACAAGUUUUUUGUAAUUAUUACAAUAGAUUGCUUUUGUUAAUCGUUUUCUUAUGUAGAAGUUUUAAUUGUACAACAAAAGUAGAUAGUUCUGUGACGUGCUAUAAAUUAUUUCAUUAUGACAACGAAGGUCACGUUUCAAGUUGCAUACGUUUAACGACUAUCUAACAAAGAACAACGUACAUUAUUAAAAACAUUAUCGUAAAAGCUAUUCAAAGGAAAUGUUCUCAUCAAAAUUAAAUAAUGACGAAGAACCAUGUCACAGUGAGUCAUCUUACCUGAUAGUUAUUUACAUUUUUCAAGUGCUUAUUUGUUAUUUAUUCGAAUGUUCAGAUUAUCUUCAAGAUAAAAAAAGUUAUUAUUAACAAAAGUUCAAACGUAAUAGAUCAUAUUCACAAAACGGAAGUGUUUCGAUAAAUACGUAUAAAGAAUAUAAGUUAGAAGAGAUAUGUCAACAAAAAUUAAUAUAUUUACUCCCCUCAACCCAAUUAUACAGAUAGAAAAGGUAACAGAACCCGAUUUCAAAAUUUUCCCGAUAUUCUUCGACGGAAAGUCGUCUCGUAAAGGCAAAACAGGGUCUAACCCACGCGAUAAGUAAACCCACAGGCAUUCACGCAUCAGCAAUAAGUAUCAUCGGACGAAUGCGAGAUUUUAGUAUCGUUUUGGUGUGCAAGAAAUAAAACAACUUACCGAGAGGAAAACUAUAAACGAAUUAACAUUGAACCUUUUUCAUUCCAUUCCAUUACAUAGGGAAAAUUGUAUAAAGUAAGUAUAAAGUAAGAGUGAAGUGUAAUGUUACAAUGUUACUUCGGUCUUUGAGCGAACUUCCGUGUAUGAAGUGGAACAUGAUGUAAAAAAUAAAAGAAAAAAGGAGAACGAGAAAAAGAGAGAUAGUAAAAAGAAAAGUGCAAAACAGUAUUUGAAAAACUGCGUUUUAGCACGGACUUUGAUGUCGCGUAGCGACAGAACAUAAAGGAAACGUGACGAGUGUAACCCGAUGUGAUGCACGCUAGUGAGAAAAGUAUCGCUAUGCUGUAAAAGUGCUAGAACGACGAAACCGCAAAGAUUGACAAAUGAUGAUAGUGCUUCUGUUGUGCGUCAUCAUGAAGAUAGCAGAAUUCUCUGCUGGUCGCGUGAGUCCGUCACUUCAACCAUCGCGACGUCGACAACGGCCACGAAAAAGGCCACCGCCAUCACCACCAUUGCGACAACAACAUGAACAACAGCAAUCACCCUCCUUGUCCUGUCGUAAACGACAGGAUUGGAAUUAUUAUCGAGUUCCAUGCGAUAAAUGCAUGUAUUUUCUUCAGAAACAGUGUGCAGGCAAAGGAGCUGCAGUCAUGGAAGAUCCGCAAACACCAGGAUCGGAUUGCAAUUCCAAUCCUGCAACAGAUUCUAUGCAGCAAGAUCUUAUUGGUUCAGACUUUAUACAAGACAAUGUGGAAUAUCAGUGGUGUACAGAUUAUGGAUACAAAGAUGGAGGAUUACAUGUCCAUCCUAGUGUUCUGUCUUCACUCUCUGCAUCAUAUUCCCGGGAAGAUGUGGGUUAUUAUGAUGAUCUGUCUCGUAAUUUGGAUGCUAAUUUAGCAGAAAUUGAUAUGGAAAGUUUUCGUAGUGCAGACAUCCACACUCUUCUUACUGCUUUACCAGUUAUGUGUACUGAUCCAGUUCAACAUUCAGAGUUUAACUAUCAAAGGGAACGUUAUGCCAGUAUAUCUGGCUCCGUCAUGGAAAAACUUGACAUCGGUUCUUCAAUCAGCCCACACACCAGCAGCCAGGGAGAAGAAUCUGCUUGUUCAACAACUGAUACAAUGUCUAUAUGCAAAUCAUCAUUAUUAUUCUCUCCUGUGAAAGAAACACCUGUGCUACCGCCAGCAGGUAGUUACAGUGUAGAUUCAUUGGACUGUGAAGAUAUGCUGUUAACUUGUCAAGCAAAUAAUAAAAAUAAUUAUACUAUUGCUUUUGAAGGUAGUAUUACAAUGUAUUCUGAUAGUUCUCCAGAUUUCGAAAAUCAAGAAAAACCAGAAACAUACGAAGUACCAGAAACUUACUACAAAAAAAAGGGGUUACGAAGAACUAUAUUAGAUUCGUCAAUGGUGUGUUCUGAUUCUAAAAUAUAUACUACUUGGAGUAAUUUAAAACAUUCUUCCAUGAAUAAGGUUAUAACUCGACAUCCUUCGGGCAAUAACAAUACCAUUCCAAAUUUUUUACAUGGGACAGGAAAUACAACUAUAUCUAUGAAUAAAAGGAGUCAAAGCUUACCAGAUCUUACACGAAUUCAAGAAUCACCUACUAAUAUUCAUCUCAAUUUUUCUGUUGAUUCUGCUGAAUCAAAUAACCACCCAUUACAAUCACACAAUUCAGGCUCUGCAAUGAGUCGAUCUGUAAAUGACGAAAAUUCCGAUGGUAGUGGAAAUAUUUCUUCUGGGAAAAAGUUACAAAAUUUAAGCCUAGUAAAAUUGUUUAUGAAACAAAAGAGUAUGAGCGCUGAAGGAAUGAGUCUUACUUUGGAUCAAUCUGAUUCCAUCAGUGAUAGUGGUUGGCCUACAAGCAAUAGUGCUAGUGAUAGUGGAACUAAUACAAAUACACAAAUACAGCGAAAAAAUAUAAAUACAUGUACUCGUCCACUUCCUGAAAAAGAUUUUUCUAUAAAUUGGGUUCGUAGUGAUUGUUAUAAUAAUAAAGAAGUAAACAGUCUAAAAGAUAAAUUGGCUGACAUUCCAAAUACUUUUACAAGCAAUAAGGAAAAUAAAGAUGACAUGAUUUCAUCUGCCUCGGUCGAAGAAUUGUCGGAAAGCAUAACUAAAUCAGAACUCGUACAUGACAGUGAUAUCGAACAAAUAGAUUUUGAAAUUUCACAGGAUGACUUGGAAUGCCAUUCAAAACAUUUACGGGUUUUUCAGGAAAAUAAAUCUGUAAUAUCUAAAACAACAGGAAUUCAAGCAAUGGUCGAAACAGAAGAUAACGAAGUGCAAACGUCACUAAUUUACAAAGUACCUGCAGAAAGAGAUAGCCCUUCUAUACGGGAAACGAUAGUUAAUAAAAGGCCUGUUUAUGUUGUAUAUCCUAAUUAUACGUUACCAGAUCUUUCAUUUCUUAAUAUUAAAGAUACGAAAUUAGACAAUGUAGCAUUAAAGCCUCAAUGUUAUGAUAAAAGUAAACCAGGAUGGAAACAUUCAAAUAGAUGCAACAGACCGUUCUCUUGUAACGAUAUCGAUGCGCUUAAACAACGUGGAUUUUCACACGUUAAGGAUUGGGAGUCGCUAACAUUCCUUUUACCUACUGAAUAUAAAAAAAUAUUACAUGAUGUGCCAGAAGUUUCGGAGCAUAUCAAUAUCAAUGAACAAACUAAAAAACCAUUGUUUUGUUUAUCUCCCCCAAUGCGACAUAAAACAAGACCAAUAAGUGAACUUAUACCAAAUAAUACUUCCUCAACUAGUAGUACUGCUACGCAGCCAUCUUCUGGAUAUCGAGGCUCAUCUACGAUCUUGACGGAUUCCUCUACAAAUCAACAGCUACUUCCUAAUAAUGUAGCUAAUCCAUUAUACCUGUAUCGCUAUGAUAGCAUUAGUUCUGAAGCAAGUUUAGUGAGCAACGAUAAGAAAAUUCAUAGAACUGUUAAUCAAGCAAAGCAAACCUAUCCUAAUUUACCUAAACGGUCCAUUUCAUUACCUUAUGGAGAUAGAGAAUCUGAUUGCUGCAAUGGCAAAGUGCCACCAAGACCUCCUUUACCAAGAAGUAUCUUAAGAAAGAAUAAAGUUCCCACAAGUAAGAGAUAUAGUAUGUUUGAAAUGGGAGGAGUGGAAGAAGUAGAAGAUCAGUGUCCUGAACCAAAUAAAAGAAUGUCGUUACAAGAACCAUAUUAUAUGAAUAAUGAUUUACAACUAUUAUGCCGCGGGAGAAUUAUCGAUUCAGAAAAAGAUGUUGACGAAACAGAAGAAAAAUGUAAUACAGAGAGACUGAAUGAAGUUGUUAAUAAUACGAACGUAGAUUAUGAAACUUCUCAAAAUAGUGAAGAUGAUAUAAAGCAAUUAGAAGAAUUUUUAAAACGUAGUGGUUUAUCGUCAGAAAGUAGCGAAGGAGAUAAUGAAGAUCCCGAAGUUAAAUUAAGAUCGUACGUGAGAAAAUUUUUAGCACUUAGAAUGAAUAAAGAUGUAGUCAAAAACAUUGAUAUGGCUGAAUCACAAAAAAAGACUGUCAGUUUUGCUUUACACGAAAAAAAACGAUAUUCAGAUGAAAAGCCAAAUAAUGCAAAUGCCCCGACGAAUGAGCACAAUAAAGAUAGAUGUUUUCAGGAUCUAAACAAAGAAAUCAAUACUGAGAACAAAGUGGAUUUAGAAGAAAAACGAAAUAUGAUAUCAUCCACAAGCAAAGCUGUUGACUUACUACUCAAAUAUUGGAAUGCUGAACCUACUAAUGGUCGGCAAAAUUAUAAUGAUAAAAAUGAAUGUGCACAACUUUGUUUGAGUAAUCUCUGCCCAACUUUGUAUGCUAUAAUGUCAGAUGGUCUAAAAUCACAUUUGCAGUCUACUUUUGGUCCAAUAGCAAACAGUGUAUGGCAAGUUGUUGAGGCUUCUGCUCAGCAAGGGCCACUUACAAAAACAUUGAACGAGUUAGUUCAAAAGAUUAAUGGCGAAGAUAUUAUUACUGAGGGAAUGCUUAAAUUUCAUGCAUUUGUAUUUGGUCUGUUGAAUUUGCGAGCUUUGGAUGCUUGGUUUGCAUAUUUAUGUACAAGAGAAUCGAUUUUACGGAGACAUUAUAACAGUAAUAGUUUAUUUACCGGAGCAUUAGCAAAUACCGACGUUCGAGAAGUUGUUGAUAAUUUAUUAGAUAUUUUACAUCCUCUAGCAUUUUGCCCAUUUCAGCUUGAUCUUUUAUACCAAUAUCGACAAUUACAUAAUAGUUUCGGUAAUAUGAACAAUUAUAAUAUAGAUGGACUAAAUUUUAGAAAUGUUGAUUUACUUCAAAAAGAUCAUCAUUUUGAAAAAGCAGAUAAUUGUGGAACUGUAUUAAGUCCAAGAAAAAUACGUCCACGGUCUUGCGUUAAUGUUUAUAAUGAUUAUGACGAUAAGUCUAUCAUUGCACAUAAAACUGAUCUUGAAAAUGUUGUAAAGAAACGUUUUAACAACACUGUCGGGACAAAAGUAUUGCAUGGUUUAGAAAAAUUAGCUUCCGAAGAUUCCGAAGAUUAUACUGAUAGCCUUGAACAUUCUCCAUUGAAUAGAGGGGCAACAAAACAAAUGAUUCCUAUUAAAUCAUUAAGUCCAGAUUCUAAAAUGGACGAUGAAGAUACGAUUACCGGAGAAACUAAAUUUAGGAAACUACAAGAAAAAUGGGAAUUGAUGAUUGGGAAAGAAGAAACUGGAAAAAACCAACCGGGAACGGCAUUACCCUUAUCGCCUAUGCGAACACCUGCGAAUUUGGGAAAAUCAAAAAUACCACGACUUUUAACAUCACCUAUUAAACAACCAAAUGUAGCAAUAGGAUCUGUAAAAACUGUUAAGUCUCCUAUCUCUGGAAUACCUUCUUUGAAAAAGCCGGUUACAUUAUCAACUACCAAAACAGUAUUAAUGAAACCAAUAGAAACAAGGGGGAAAAGUAUACAAGAAACACGACGUACGAGUCGUGUAGAUCAAGACAUAGUCGGAACGUCGCGGGCUCAUUUGUCACGACCUAGCUCUUUACCUUAUAAAUCCUAUGGAGUUAUGUCGAAAGAGAAGAAUCUCCUAUCUCCUCAAAGACGAGCUGCUUCCACAUCUCUACCAAGGCCAAAUACAAUUACACGUAAUCCUCCAAGGAAACAACCGCUAAAAGAGGUUCGCACAGUUACAAAUAGGGUACCAUCGAAUAAUGGGCAUCUGUCAUUUGCAGAAGGUGAAAGAUUGAAAGUUAUAUUAGAAAUUGAUAAUAAAUGGUUAUUGUGUGCAAGAGGUGAUAGAAAAGGUUUGGUUCCGAGAAUGUGUGUGCAUACUAUUCAGACUUAGCCCUUCUAUUGAUAUUAAUGAGAUUCUUGAGUAAAUUGAUUAAGAAGAAGUGAAAGUGAUGUGCUUUGAAUGAAUGCAAAAAAAGAUUAAUUAAAUGGUGUCGUAUGUACAGUGUAUUAAAGAAAAGGCAUAGUAUAUGAUUUUGAAAUUAUAAUUUAGUGAUAUUGCUUGCGAAGUCACUGUUUAAAGCUUCGUUUGCAUAGACUCGUGAUAGUAUUACCACUCAUAAUGCCAUUGACAAACCAGCCCGACUGCUUUUUAUUUCUGGUCCGGCCAGCGCAGCGACUUCUGGACGCCUGUGAAAAAGCUUCGCAUUUUCACAAUAUUGACGACCGGCAACUUUUUACGUUCGUCUCCCCAUUUUCGAUCUGAACCCCGUUGGGGCUCGCACACCCCCAAAUCUCCGUUAGUUUUAUCAUCAUGCUAAUUAUUAUGCAUUACCAUUACAUAUUAUUAAUUUUGCAUAAUAGCUACACUUGUUUUACUUUCGCUUUUAUGCAUUAGGCACGACCGCUACUAUAUACAAUAUUUUAAUGUUAAAAUACAAUUAAAUUAAUGAUUGAAAAUUAUUUUAAGAAUUUAACAAUUUAUUUGAAAUUUUAAGCAGAAUUUUACAUUAUAAUAGAUAAAAUAUAGAAUUCUAAUUCUAUAAAAAAUUUUUCUUUGUGAUGACUAUAAAGACACCCUGAUAGUGAUAGUGGUCGUGACUAAAAAAUUAGAGGUUCUGCUAGUCAUAAGCUUUUAAAACCUCAUUAUAUUUAAAUGAACAUAUACCUAUUUAUAACUAAAAUGUACAUAUAUACAGUAAUAUGAUGAUAAAGACACAACGGUCAUAUAUAAUAUAAUAACUUAUAAUAUUAUGAAUGUAACUGUGAUCAUAGCAAAUAGGUGCAUAAGUUGAUUGAUGCGAAUGUGCGAAAAAAUUUCGUUUGAUUUUUUAUGUAAUUUUAAUAUUUCAAUCACGUCCAAUUUUCAUAAAACAUCAUUAUAUCGGUUUUAUUUAGCAUAUAAAUUAUUACCAUGUCGUGCGCUUAUGAAUCGCAAUAAUCACAUUUUUUUACUUGCUUCAUGUAUUUCUUAGUAUGUGACAGCAUACAGUGUAUUCAAAUAAAAUCUAUUAUAAUGACAUAUA